AUGUCCUUGGCCGAUGCUUUGGAGGUUUGGCUUCGUGAAAAAGAGUUGCUUGUGUCCGCUAACCGCAUUGGCCAUGAUGUGGAUCACUGCUGCGACUUGCUGGAGAAGUUGAAUCAGCCGGUUUCGGGCAAACAAGUGAACACAACCAGUAUGCAGGCUUUCCGAGAUUUAUCAGAUCGCGUCGCUGCCAAUUUAAAUGCAUCAGCAGCAUCGGCCACUGCUGCCAACAGGGCUCAUUCUGAAGUCAAUUUUGAUAUUCUAGCUGUGAAUCAACGGACUGCCUGUGCGUAUGUGCAGUCACGUACCAGUGCACUAAUGUCUCGCUGGUCACGACUAGCUGAUGGACUAGCGUGUUACAGAGCCACUCUGGAAGCAGCCGCUCGACUUCAUGCCAUUAACAGGCAGGCCGAAGAUCUGGCCGUACAAGCUAACACAAUUCAGGAAAAGGUAAGUCUCUAUUUUGGCUUAUUUGAAUAUAUUUCUGUGUCCGUGUUCAUAAUCAUACAUUGGCAAAAGAAAGUGAGCUCGAAGAUAGACUAA